AUGUAUGGAAAGUACAACGAAAUUGACGCAGAAGUUGUAACUGACCAAGAUGAGCCGGUAUCUUCCAGCCAAAUAAUUACUCGCGCAUACACUCCCAUUACAAUGCUGCUCAGGAGUAUAUCACUCCAAGCUGCUAAGUACAAAGCUAGCACUCAAAGUGUGAAUCACACUUCUGAACAACACCUCAACUUGACCCCAGAAACCAGACAAAUCUGCGUAAACAACACUGAACCUUCAUUGACAACCAGGAUUACGCCUUACUACAACUUGACCUCGGACAACACUGAACCUUCAUUGACAACCAGGACUACGCCUUACUACAACUUGACCGCAGAAGCCAGACAAAUCUGCGUUAACAACACUGAACCAACAUUGACAACCAGGACUAUGCCUUCACACAACUUGACUGCAGAAGCCAGACAAAUCUGCGUUAACAACACUGAACCAACACUGACAACCAGGACCACGCCUUACUACAACUUGACCGCAGAAGCCAGACAAAUCUGCGUUAACAACACUGAACCAACAUUGACAACCAGGACUAUGCCUCACCACAACUUGACCGCAGAAGCCAGACAAAUCUGCGUUAACAACACUGAACCAACACUGACAACCAGGACCACGCCUUACUACAACUUGACCGCAGAAGCCAGACAAAUCUGCGUUAACAACACUGAACCAACAUUGACAACCAGGACUUUUGCCUCACCACAACUUGACCGCAGAAGCCAGACAAAUCUGCGUUAA